AUGGUAGCUUUGCCGUUGUUCAAGCUCGCGAGUCUAUUCUUGCGGCAUGUCUCCAAAUAUGGUGCAAAUCGCAUUAAGCUCCAAGCUCACGAACACCCGGGCUUCCGGCACUUCGCAGCUCGAUACGGUCAGACUAUUCAUCAGCUGAAUAUGCGCUUGUCAGUCUCGUUACUGAGAAACCCCGAGGCCGAAAGGAAAGCCAAGGAGAAGGCAGAGGCGCCCACUGUGAAGACGGCAGAGCAGAUACAGAAGGACGAAGAAUACAAGGCGAAGCACGGCCACACGAGGGACGAAGCCCGGGCGAAGCGGCCAUCGACUAUCUUGAAUGUGUGGAAACGGAAGUUUAGACCACUGCCAGAGGAGAAGGCCGUUGAUUUAUUUGCCGAUGUGAUUGGUGACGCCUUCAUUCUCACGGUCGCUAGUACCAUUAUCCUUUAUGAGUGGUGGAAGUCAUCACAAAAGCCGGAUCACAACCUCGAAAAGAUCAAGGAGCUUAAUGGAAAGCUAGAGGAGCUCCAGAAGGAACGUGAGGAAGACCGGGUCCGCCAGGAAAGCAGAGUAUUGGCUCUCGAGACGGCACUACGUGGGUUCAAGGAUCCCAAGACCCAACAGCCAUUGUUGCCUCCGGCCCCAACUCCACCACCUGCGGCGUUGUCGCCUGCAUGA